AUGAACAGCCUGCUUGCGUUCUGUGCGGGCGAAGUGCAUCGCAAACAGAAAACAAACAGCUUUGUCAAAUAUAGCAACGGCAACUACGGGACCAGCUAUUACAACCAAGCCAUACAGAAGCUGUGUGUUGCUCUUGGAAAUCUCAACACAUCGUCGGCGACCCUAGAGUCCAUGGUGUCUUCCAUUUUUCUCUUGAUAUCCUAUGAGAUGAAGUUCGGCUCCUCAUUUUCCAAUCUUCAACUGCACAUCGAUGGUAUCCGGUCAUAUCUAGCGAAAUACUUAAAACCGACCUUGAUUGAAGGUCUUUCCUCUGCUGAUCAGGGCAACUUACAUGGCCCUGGGGUCACUCCUUUUUGUGCCCAAGUACUGUUAUGGAUGGCAUAUAUCGAUGUCAGCGGAGUGCGUGGCUUAACGACAUUCCGCUUGUAUGACUUCCUGGAUCACGAUCCAACUUCUUGUCUCCAUCUAGACAGUCUUUUCCCGCACGCACGGUCAUCCUAUAGGAUCUUGUACGGCGAGACUUAUCCCGCUGACCAGGUUCAAGAUGACUUUGAGAAUUACCGCCCAGUAGAGAUGGUGCACCAUAAUCUACGCUUCCGCCGUAGAAUAUGGAGAGUGGCAGAUGCAGAAGAGAAUCUGGAGCCAUGCCAGGACUCUACCGGCGCGAUCUGGGAUGAUCUGAUAGCUUUUGACAGAAAAUACGCAGAUCUGAUGUCAGAACAUCUAGUCGUAACAGCAUACAAAGGCCAUCGAGUAAUCGACACUGUACGUGCGGCAGUAAGCGCACACUACGCAAACCUGAUUCUACAUCGCCUACUCCUUACGCCCUCGCGACCACCCCUACCCAUGCAACGCGACGCUUUGUCAAAGCUAGUGAAAAUUGUGCAUAAUGUGAGCAAUGCUACAGAGUGUGGCGUGAUGAUUGGCUGGCCAUGGGAGCCAUUAAUAGCGGGUAUUGAGACUGAAGAUGAAAUCCACAGAGAUUGGUUGAAAAGCUACCUGAAGGCCUCUGGCAGCCUUGGUAAGGAAUUCGUGUGGGCAGGAUCAGUGUUAGAGCAAGUAGAGAAGAUGCGGACAAAGGGCGAGCAAAUAGGUGGGGCGAGCAGGAUAAGGCAACUAUUACAUGGUAGUGUAAUGUAA